CACUCUAAACUAGUAAACUUGAUAAUGUGUAGAACUAUUAAAACAGUAUGGAAUUUAAAAUAACUAAAUGCUUAUCAAGAUUUAAAGAUGAAUUACCACCGAUCAAUAGGCCAACUCGUUCAACUAGUUCUAAAGUAAUUAAGAACCUUCCAACUUCAAUUGAACAAACUGAACUAUUUAAUAAAAUUGAUCCAUUAAUAUUGGUUGCUCAAUACGAAAGAGAUAUCAAACGAAUAAAAAUUAAUCACAACCAAAUGUUAGAAGAACUUUAUAAAGAAUUAGAAAUAUUAAGAUCCAAGAAUCGAGACCUUUUAGAUGAACUAAUUAUAAUGAAUGGUGGGAACUAUUGUUGCAAGCAUUUAGAAAAUUUGAGUCUAGAAAUUUUAAAGUCUAAUACUAAUGAUAAUCAAAAACAACUGAGUGAUAUACUAAACAGUGCUAAAAUUCAUCAGAUAUCUAUUGAAGACAGAAAAAAUGAUAAUAAUUACAACUAUAAAAAAGAACUGCCUGAAUUAAUAGCUGUAGGAAAUAAGUUCAUAAGUAAAGACAUUGAGAAUAAAUCAAAUUUACUUUUGCAAGAUCAAUUAAAUAAAAGCAAUAAACUGAUUGAUGUACUUCGGCAAGAAAAUAUUCAACAAAAGGCAGAGCUAAAUUCAUUAAAUUUGUUAUUGAAUAAAAGAUUGAAUAUUUCUGGUAUUGGAUUGGAUAAUAGCUUAAUCAGAACAAACUUGAAUUCUAACAAAAGAUUUCUAUCUACAUUGUCUCAUCCUGCUAUUUCUUACAUGGAUAUUAUAAGUUCAGAGAAAAAUUUACAAUCAAUGUCUAGAAAUGAAUAAUUUGCAUAAAAAUAAAACAUUGUAUUUACUCACAUACUUGUAAUAUGUACCAUAUACAAGUUAUCUAUUUAAUAUUUAUAUAUUUAAACACGGUUUUGG